CUGUCGUCAAAAUAUGCGCGUACAGUUUCACUACAGUGAUAUUAACCGCGUGCCAGUUGUGUCUCGUGAUAUUUGUUAUUCGUGACAAUAAGAAGACCAAGCCGGUCAAUCUGACAUUCUAGAAAAUAUCUACAAAGAAACAAAUUAUUACAAACAAAUCCACAAAAAUGUCUCUCGGUGAUUUAAAACUGACAAAGCCUGCGCCAGAAUGGUCGGCACAAGCCCUCGUUAACGGAGAAUUCAAGGAAAUUUCUUUGGCCGACUACAGAGGGAAAUACCUCGUCUUCUUUUUCUAUCCCGCAGAUUUCACAUUUAUCUGCCCGACUGAGAUUAUUUCAUUCAGUGACCGUGUAGAGGAGUUUAGAAAAAUCAACUGUGAGGUGGUGGGUUGCUCCACUGACAGCCACUUCUCUCAUCUUGCCUGGGUGAACACACCAAGGAAGCAGGGUGGUCUAGGCAGCAUGAAUAUACCUCUUGUAGCAGAUAAGACUUACAGUAUUUCCAAAUCUUACGGUGUGUUUAAGGAAGAUGAGGGGAUAGCUUUCAGAGGUUUGUUUAUCAUUGACGACAAGGGUAAUCUACGUCAAAUAACAAUCAACGAUCUUCCUGUUGGUAGAAACGUUGACGAGGUGCUCCGUCUUGUUCAAGGAUUCCAGUUCACUGACAAACAUGGAGAAGUAUGCCCUGCCAACUGGAAACCUGGUGCAGACACUAUGAAGGCUGACGUCAAAGGAUCCAAAACCUAUUUCAGCAAACAUAACUGAACACAGACAACUCUUGUCAAAACUUUUUAUUGUACAAAUGUGGAUUUACCUCCCUUGGACUAAUUUUAGAUUAGUGAUCUAGCGUAACAAAAGUGCUUUCUUUGAAGAUGAUACAAUCAUAAUACAUGAUUCAAGCUAGUUCUUAGUAAAUGUUUAAUACUCUUACAAAAAUAUUUCACUUUACUUCCAUUUUAUAUCUUCCCUCCACAUGAUUUUGUUUUGUUUUGUAUUUUGUGAAAACCGCUAUGUGCUUAAACUUUUUGCUUUGAAAUAUUUGAAAUCUGUUUAUCAGCUUGCCUUGUGCCAAAGAUGUCCUGUUUGGUUUAAAAAUUUAAACAUAUAUCAUAGAUUCGUGGAAAAUAAUUGUUGAUCAAUGUGAGAUUUAAUGUAACUUUAGCUUAUUGAUAUCAUACAUGAACUUAGCAAAAUGAUCAAAAUUUCCUAAAGUGGAAACAUUAAUUGGAUUCAGUAAAUAGAAAUUUCUAAGCAGCUGCUUUUAUUGUGUGAAUAUCUGAUGUCCAUUUAGGAUUUUUGGUCUUUCAAUGGAGAUAAAUUAUUCAAAGUUGUCAUAAAGAAUGUAUCAGUUAUUUUUACUUGUCUGACUCUUCAUCUAGGCUUAUCAGAACUAUUCAACUUUGAAUACUGUUAUUUCAAACUUCUGAUUACAUGUUUAUGUCAAUUGAUUUUAGAGGACAAAAUCUCACAAUUUUUAUUUUUUGAUGUUUUUCAUUGAUCAAUCAACCAGAUGGCACAGCUAAAUGCAUACUUUAUGCUUUUUGAAUCAAAAGUAUGUAAUGCUUAAAAGUUUGGUUGCAAAUAAACAAUUUACUAUUUGAAAAUUUCAGUUAUUGCUUCACGUAUUAUUUGCAAAAUUAUUUUGUAUUUUGAUUUUAAGGGAAGUUUUAUUUUAAGAAUGUUUAUUGUUUUGCGGUUAUGUAGAUUGACUUGUUUCAGUUAGGUUAGCUCAAAACUUUUUAUAAGUAUACAUAUAACUUUGAUUGGCUGUUAAAGUGAUUCCCACAUUUCCACAUAACAGAAGCCUAAAACCACACACAGACAAGUUUCUUUUGAAGCUUAUAGGUUUUAAGAAUGACACUUGAGCUAAAGAUAGAAGUUUAUACUUAAAUAAUGUGAUUAUAAAUUUCCAGAACUUAACAUUAUACAUAGAUAUAUUCCUCCACUAGCAGCUAUGUAUCCCAAAGCAAAAUUAUUUUUAUGACCAUUCUGAGUUAUACUGUUAAUUGUCUCAUUUUAGUCUCGGAUAUAUUUGAACAAAAUGGUGUAUUAAAGAUUGUACUGAUUAUUAUGUUUACAUGUUAAGGUAAAAAAUCAUGUAUGUAAAGUAUUAUUAAUUGUCUUUCAUUAUCAACCAUCCUGAAUAUGGAGAUAACCAAAACACUUGCACUUCAACUGCCAAAAUGCAUUUGAGCACAGUUUAGUUUUUUAUCUGUAGAUCUUUAUUUACAAACUUAUAAACAACAUUUCCGUAGUCUCUUGUUCACUUAUGCUAAUAAAGAUUGAUUUGAAAUUUCAGUUGGAAGCUACAAAUAUAACACAAAGAUACCUCCUUUACAGUAUAAAGAUUAUAUACGCAACUGUGUUCUGUCUAUCACGUGCAGUAGCUACCCACUUAAAGUGUGUAUUUUGUAUAUUUUUUUAGAGAAAAAAAAUAUGUUUUGAACAAGUGUCAUCAAGUGAUGUGUAGAUAUUUAAUAUCUUUAAAUAACCCUUUAAUGUACAUUAAAUGUUCUGUAACGACAAAUUCUAUGGUUGAUACCAAAAUUGUUUUAUGUAAUAAUUUGCAAUGCCUUUGAUAUUUAGGAAAAUUGAUACUGAUAUUUCGUAGUGAUUCUUUUGUAUGGAGUUGCUUAUGUUUAUGAUAAUACAUUGAUUCAACUGAUGAAUUAAUCCUAUGAUAAUUUAAGCUAAUAAGUAAAACUUCUUUCGUUAGCAAUAAACUGGUAUACAUUUGUUAUAUGCUAAUGUUAAAUAAUAAACAAAACUUGUUGAUACAUGAAACAUGAUAGAAUACUGCCAGUAAGGAAUCGCAUUGUAGACAAAGAAAUAAAUGUUGUUUAUAAAUUG